AUCUUAAAUAACAUUUUAAUUUAAUUUACGUUAAUAAUUUUUAUUUAUUUUCUUAAUUUAAUUUGUAUGAAUCAAUACUCUUCGAAUAACAAAAAUAUGCAUAAGAACUUAAAAAAAUAUAUUCAAAGUCAUUUUGAUUAGUAAUUAUAAUAUUUGCUUGCAAAUAUAAUUUUUUUACGUGACGAAUAUACGGAAAUGUUCUGUUGGACUUAACAUACAUCUACUUUUUUUAAAUCUACUUACGAAGCAACAUUUAUUAAUGAAGCAUAGAUUCGAUUUAAAAAAAAGAGCACAUGGUGUUAUUUACAAAUUAUAAAUCAGAAUAUCAUUUCUAACAAUAAGUAAAUCGCUUUAAAUAUUAUGGGCAUCUUAUUUCAAAAGAGAAAUAGGUUUCAUUCAAAAAGAAAAGUACGUUUGGUCAGAAGUUCUCGUCUAGUUGUAAUGACGAGCGCUUUGGUUCUAUGCUUACUGCGCACCGUUAUUAUAAUAACCAUAAUUAUUGAAGUUGCAUUAUUAAAAUGAGUUAUAACAAAGAGGUCAAGGGAGAAGCAUGCCCCGGAGGAAAAUCUCUUCGCUGUGCUCGUUACAAAAGACGACUGAAGGCGAAAGAGCGUGCAACGGGGAUAGUCAACAAAAACAAAAGCAAAUGCAAAAUAUGCAUAUUGGAAUAUAAAAAUUGCAAAAAAUUAUAUGUAAAAAUAUGUCAAAAUUAACUUAUAAGUUUGAUAGAAAGUACAUAUACCUCAUUUAACGUAUUUUUAUUUUAACAAUUACUGCGCACAUAGAUGAAAUUAAUUAAAAUCUAUAAUAAAAUUGAUAGAAAAAGAUACGAGUAAUAAUAAUAAUAAUUUGUGAUAUUUAUUUCUCUUGUAGUUUUACUGUAAAUUAAAACCUAAAAUCUAAAAAAUCUGCGAUCUUUUAUUUAAUAAAUCUCAGAACUUAGAAAAUACAGAUAUUAUGGUAAAGAUAAAAUUCAAUUAUAUUAUGAAAAAUUCUGACUCGUUCGCACAUGAAAGAAUCCGCGUCGUUACUUCAAGGAGCAAAUCGCGAGAUGCAACGAUGCGUCGAAGGUAAUGGUGUACUUUCUUUCAAAGCAUACCGCGUUGUGCAUUCGCAGUGUGUGUUCUGUUUCCCGCUGUCUCUUUCUUCCUCUCUUUCUCUCUUCCCCCCCCCCCCCCCUCUCUCUCUCUCUCUCACACUAUCGCGAGAGUGCAGAUGCUGCGUGUGGAAGAGCGAUGCACGGCGCAUGCAGUUUCGUUCUACACGAGGGACUCCGUGACUACACGCUUUCCCCCGUAACUAACAGGUGGAAGUCGCUUGGAACCGCGCAGCUUUCCUCGAGAUUAGCAGGUGGAAGAUGCCCGUGGCUGUGUCGUAGAUGAUUCAGACACAAGACCGACGAAAAGAGGCGGGAGGAAAUAGAAAGGAAGGGGGCAGAUGGAUGAUACGUGAGCUGCUUUUGUUCCAACUAGUUUCGGAAUUAUGGAAUGGCACUAGAGUCCCGUUACACGUGAGCGAACAACGCGUCCGCGGUAUAAAGAAAGAAAAAAAUCCCGCUACAACGGUUGUCCACGAGGGAAAUAAUGUCACGCUGCCAAGAGUUAAUACAAUGACGUGCAAGAUUUCCGAUUAAGCGUUUCCAGGACGUAUUUUCGAUAGACUGACUACUUGUUUCCUCAUCCGCGAGAAUUGCUUAGAUGCAAACUGACUGCUCAAGUUAGUCCGACUGCAACAUCUAGACUGAAUAUUUCAUAAGGAGAGACUGGUCGAUUUCCGUGCUUGCGGGAAGCGCGGUCACCUCGCUACGAAAAUCGUUAACUGCAAAAUACCUGACGACGAUCGUUCGUUUGUCGCGCUAUCGCUGAGUCUCGAUGAGAAAACGCGGCAAGAUGAAAAUAUGAGAUGAAAAUAACUGUGAUCCAUUCCGGGCGAGCAAGAGGUAGCUGGCACGGCUGGCAGAGACGCGUCGAGGACUCGAAACAUGGAGCAUGAGGACAGUGAUUGUGAUCUAGACAUUCUGAAUAAUCUCAUAUCAAAUGACACUGAAGAAACUGAGCAGUCUAAGCAACUUGAAGAAUCAGAACUGUCUGAACAGCCCAAACUGUCAGAAUCGAAAAAGACUCUGACAGAAUUGCAGUUUAGUUUCUUAGAUUCUACACCUAGUAACAUAAGUAAUGAGACUAAACCUACUAGUGAGAUAGUCACUGAUAGCAUUUAUGAUGACAAACUUGAUUCUUCUGAUGAUGAAGAUAGACGUUAUUUUGAGGAACAAAAAUAUUCCAGUUAUGGGCGUGAAAUAAAACAAUUGUUAAAGGAGAGCUCUUCAUUGAAGACUGAGCAGCCUGUGAAAUUACAGGGUGAAAAGACUGUUAAUUUUAAUAAUAACAGGAAUAAGACAUUUGAUUUCAACAACACCUUAAAAGGUAAUGAUAAUAAUACAGCAAAAGAUGUGUAUAGUGAUCCCUUCUUUGGAAUAAGAAUAGUUAGUCCCCUUAUAUCCUCUAUUGAAUUGAGAGAACGUAUGAAAGGCAAGAUAGCUGUAACAGUAUCGAGAGUAAAGAACCACAUUAUUUCUGAUAAUAUACAUAACGAUUGGGUGAUCGCUGGUGUAUUAAUCAACAAAUCAGCCACGAAAACUUCACAGAAGGGAACUUCUUAUUGCAUUUGGAAAAUAAGUGAUCUGUCCGACGACCUAAAAACUGUAUCUAUUUUUCUAUUCAGUAACGCAUACAAACAACUAUGGAAAACCAUUACUGGUAGCGUGAUAGGUAUUCUCAAUCCAAACGUACUCGAGAGCAAGGAUAACAUCGAUCAAGCAACACUGUCGUUCGAUAAUCCUCAGAAACUGAUGAUUCUUGGCAGAUCCAAGGACAUGGGCAAAUGCAAAUCGGUCAAGAAGAACGGGGAUUCGUGUACUGCAAUUGUAAAUACAAGCCGAUGCGAAUACUGCAUUUAUCAUGUUAAGCAGGAAUAUAAGAAGUGUGCGCGACGAGCGGACAUACAGUCGAGUAAUACUAGCUUCGGAUUCACUGGGGAUGCAAUAAAACGUAUGAAUAGGCAAAAUGUUACGCGAAAGCCUUACAAUGGAUUGGCAUCGUUCGUUCCAGUACUGGCCAAACGCAAUAACGAACUUUAUGAGAAGGAUCGUGCGCGUUUAGAAUUAUUAUCCGAAACCACUUCAGAUAACAGUAUUAAGAAAGUGAAAGAUGAUCCAAAUCAUGAGAUGAGCAAUGUGGAUACUAACAAGAAAAGGAUAGCUGUCGAAUUGACGAACAAACAAUCAAGAAAAGAUUUUGACCGACUCAACAAAUUAAGAAACUGGCAGACCUCAAAGCAGUUAAUGGUACAAUCAACACCUAAUGGACCAAUUCUGUGUUCCAGUCCAGUGCAAUUAAAAGAAAGUAAUCCUGUUCCGAUCAAAUCUACGAGUAACCACACAGAUAAAAUCAGUUUGGCUUUAUUAUCUUCACGCCCGCGACUAGGAAUGGGAUGUAAUCAGGAUACAAUAGAUUUCUCCGAGCCAAUUACCAAGCAACAGAUUCGCAACGCCAAGAUGAACGCUAUCAAAUGGGUGCAAGAGCAUGGAAAGAUCAAAGCGAAGGACCCUAAUCAGGUCCGCGUGAAUGCGAAAGAAAAACUGAAGAAGACUGCGAAGCGUCAGAGGGAGAACGACGAGAGAGAAGAACGAAGCGUGAAAAAAGCGAACAUAGAUGACAAAUUCAAAGAGAUGCUAGAAGCCAAGUCGUCGCACACAGACCUAAUCGAGAAGUCGUACGACGAAGAGAAGGAGAAGUACUUUAACAAGUUGGAGGCGAAGGAAAGAAUGGAGGAAAAAAUGAUGAGCACUUUCAAGAUCAAUUGCAAAGCUGUGAAGUGUACAAUAUGCAAGUACACAGCGUUUUCAGCAUCGGACAUGUGCAAGGAGCAGAGGCACCCGUUGCGCGUGUUCGACGCUGUUAAGAGAUUCUUCAAGUGCGCCGAUUGUGGCAACCGGACUGUCAGCCUGAACCGUAUGCCAUCGCACAGCUGUGCCAAGUGCAGCAGCUCGAAUUGGGUCAGGGCGGCGAUGAUGGACGAGAGGAAAACCGCUAUCGCUGCAGAGACCUUAUCCAUACGCGGCGCUGAAGAAAAUUUCCUGGGUUCAAUAGUAAAAGAUGCUAAUCUCAAUCUUCUCGUUCCGGAUGAAGAUUAAUGUCACUCUGAUAGCUCACAAUAUAUUUUUGAGAAAUGAGUAUUAUAAAUAUUUAUGGAAGAUAAAUGAAAAAAUGAUUAGCAAGUAAACUGGUGCCUAUUUUACAUAAUAUGAAGAUAAAAUAGUUGUAUAUAAAAUAAACGCAGAUAAUGUGCUGUGUGAAAUGUGCUGAUAUCCCAUUGCCCAUACAUCAAUUUAAUUAAUAUUAUUUUUUUUAUAUUUGUUAUAUGAUAAAGAUAUAAAUUUAAGGACUAGCGAAUUUGUCAUUUAAAUUUAUGUUUGAACUCUUAAUUAUCGUCCAAAAUAAAGAAAUGAGAAUUUUGCUGAAAUCACGACUGAUGCUUAUUUCUAUAAUUUAUAUCUUAGAAUCUACAAAUGCAGAAAAUUUGAUAUCCUUUUGUUUAUUGUCAGUAUUAGCAUUUUUUUCUUUUCUCUUUUUUUUCAUUUUACGAAAUGUACAAAUAUAAAGAAAUCCUAAAAGUGUAUCUCUUGCACAUUUCUGAAAUGAAAUACAUCGAAUUCUCUCCAUUCGAAAUAUACACAGCGAGCAGAAACAUUUUGAUAU